AUGCUAUUUAUGCUCUCGAGACAGCUCAGGUUGUUGCCAGGACACAUCCAAAGGCCUGUCGCGCCGCCGAUAUCCACUGGCAUUGUUAGCUCUUCUCGUGGCCGCAGAAUCAUCUGCCAACCUGCAUCCUUUUCGUCCGCCGGUACACAGACAGCCUACUCCCGCGGCCAAUCUAUCAAGCAGGAAGCGGAAGACCGGGAUGACACACCUGUCCGAGAAACUCCCGAUAUAGCAAGCCCUCGGCUGAGCGAAGACGCACGGAAUCCCCUCUCAAACUACUUUUCACGGCCUCGAGUGACGCAAGAACGCCUCAGAAGCACGGAUCAGAUUAUUAUACCUACCAGAGAGCCAGAUCUUUUAGAUUUUCCUGAACGUUCGCAGACCUGGAAGUUGCAGCCAUGGCAAUUGGAUCUGGAAUCCGACCUCGGACAUAGUCAGAACAUAGGGAGUAAAUUGGUGGACAAUCACUGCUAUUCACAGGACUUUACUCUUUGGAGGGAGCUUGUCUUGUACCGCCAACGACAUUACGGGGACAGUGGGGUCAUUGACAUAUGGAAAGGACUAACUGGGAGAUGCUCUGGGAUCAGCCUCCCCACCGAGGGCGAAGAUGCUGAUUUCUUAUGGGAGAUUUUCGUCUCCGUAGGGCUAAAGGAAGAGUGGAUGUUAAAGGAGCUCCAGUCUCAUGCGGAAUCCAUCUGGAAGGAGAAAGGGUUGAGAUGGAAAUACUUUUACGAACGUGUUAUAGGCACCUUUGUGAAAGCAAGGAAUCGGUCCAAGGCGUUACUGUGGCAUCAAGCGCUAAAACAUACACACUUGGAUAACCCUGACGGUAUACUGUGUGUCUUCAAAAGUGCAUUGUCCACUAGAGAGGGCCUGGAUAUCUUUCGUGGUUUAUGCCAAUUGUCUGAUGGCCAUCGACUAUACUCUUCUGUGGUACCAGUUCUUUGGAAACAUGAUAACAUCGGGUCAGCUCUCGUUAUGCAUUUUUUCUUAAUGAGACGAGGGGAUUUUCCAUCGUCUAUGGAAGAUGUUCUGCCUCUAAUCCACCACGUGCAAAAAUACAGCACUUCGCAACAGCAGUCCUAUUUUCUCACUGGGCUUAUCAAAUCUGGCACUCUGCCUGUCGGUGCUACACUUGACAGCUUCCAUUCUCAUCCCUCACAGACUAGCUCAACCACCUCCAACUCAACUGGCACACAAUCCCCAAUGGUCAAAGAUGAUCUCGGAGCUCGACUCUUUGCAACAAAAACCUUUACAUUCGACCUGAUCCUGGGAGGCCUCAAAAUGUUCGGUGUUGGGGUCAUUGGCCCUUUAACUCUACAGCAAAUGGCGUUAAAGGCCGCCGAUAUUGCUGAGCUACAGCAACAAAUUUCUCAGCUAAAAGAGAUUGGGAUAUCUACUGGAAAUUCAGUGUUUGCAAAAGCUAUUGAUUAUUUCAUAGCCCGAAGAGACCAACAAUCUCUCCAUGAUCUAAUUCAUAGCGAUCAACACCCAGAUGCCCUGGAGAGUUUAGAGACACAGGAAUCUCUCUUCCAGCAGUUUUCCAUGUCACACGAUUGGCGCCAAGCGAACCUGACUCUCACGAUACUCUCUUUCUUAUCUCCCGAAGAUCCUUACUGCUACAAUAUACAACUUCGGAAUGCACUAAAACUCGAUGAUAGGAGGCUCACCUCUGAGAUACUUGAGAAAAUGAAAUCUGACCACAUCUCGCCAUCUAGAAAAACCAUAAAGUGGAUGAUAUGGAACAUCCUUCCGUCCCGCCGUAUGGGAACGCGGCCCAUACUGGAUAGGCAUGCAAGGGAUGCUGUUUUACGUCUCUUUGGAAUUUUUCAAUAUGUUAUCAAAUAUGGCGGAUACAUCCCCCCUGAAUCAUGGGAAGCUGGUCUCAAGCAACUUAUUAUUAGUAAUCGGUGGUCUGAACUUGAAAGACUAUGUCUUUGGCUUGCUGAAAUCUAUUCGCCUCAGAACCACACCCAAAGCUCACAAAUACCAAACAUCCACUUGCCUCCCACCCAUUCACAGUCUCCUUUACGCAUCAUCUUUAGUGUGGAAUUUCAGCAAGCAAUUAUCAAUUGCGGCUUCUUACGCAAGCCAAAGUUCAAUUUCUCAGGCCCUUCAACUCUGAACCCAUUCGUAUCAACGCCUGAUCCUGUCGCCCUAUGGGUCUGCGGUCUCAUUUUACUGAGGCGGCUGAAGGAGAAAGGUGUCCAUGUUAACACCAAUACUGUCCGGCGAGUGUGUCGUACACGGCUUGCCAUACUAUUCGGUGACGGGCCUCCUUCAAAGAGGAAGAGCAACCUCAUGCUUAGGAAGAUAAAUCCGUGGACCCUGGACCAGAUAAUUGCGGAUGCAAAUAAGGUCUGGGGAACAUCGCUUUUCUCGGGCGUUAUGCCAAAUAUCCAUAAGCUUGUUAACCCACGCCGCCGGCCCGUCAAUUCUCAGGAUCAUGACUUGCAGAGAGAGGGCAAGGGCUGA